AGGAGCAAAAAGAGUGGGAGGACCAGGACGAGCAGGACCGCGAGCUCAGCGUCCUUCCGCAGAAGUUCGACUGCCUCCGCAGGGUCCCGGCCUACAAGCAGCUCAUCACAGAACGCUUCAAGAGGUGCCUUGACCUCUAUCUGGUGCCGCGCGCGCUGCGGCAGCGCAUGAACGUCGAUCCAGACAGCCUGUUGCCCAAGCUCCCCAGUCCAAAGGACCUGAGGCCCUUCCCCACCCACGUGGCCGUGACCUACGAGGGCCACGGCGACCUCGUCCGCGGCGUCGCAGUGGACGCCUCAGGGCAGUGGCUCGCGACCGUGUCGGCGGACCAGACGCUGCGGAUCUGGGAGGUGGCUUCCGGCCGGCCCUUCCGGACCGUGAGGUUCGAGUCCGUGGCGACGGCGGUCGCGUGGAACCCGCGCCACACCCUGCUGUGCGUGGCGGCCCAGGAGGCCAUCUUCUUCCUGGACCCCGGCCUGGACCCCCCGCAGGACAGCGCUGCGCCGGCGGAGCCGCCAGCGGCAGCGCCGGGCGAGGGCGAGGACGGCGAGGGCGCGGGCGACGGUGGGCCGGCCGGCGCUGGCGCUCGCGGUUCCUCCGAAGGC